AUGCAGGUCUUCAAGUGCCCCAGGAUCUCCCAAAAUCUCCUUGAGGCUUAUGAGGUUGCCACCAGCGCCUGCGGGCGAGUUUUACAAAGAGCAUUCUCCCUCCAUUCAGCACACUCGACAAAGGACAUGGAGAAUUUUUUUCAGUUGGUGAGAAACAUUGUGCCUGCUCUAACCUCGAAGAAACACAAAGGGCAGGACGGAAGAAUAGGCAUAGUCGGGGGCUGUCAAGAGUACACAGGAGCACCGUAUUUUGCAGGAAUCUCGGCUCUGAAAGUGGGUGCAGAUUUGACCCACGUGUUCUGUGCCAGGGAGGCUGCGCCGGUGAUCAAGUCCUACAGCCCAGAGCUGAUCGUCCACCCCGUCCUUGACAGUUCUAAUGCUGUUGAGGAGGUGGAGAAAUGGCUCCCCAGGCUGCAUGCCCUUGUCGUGGGCCCUGGCCUAGGUAGGGACGACCUUCUUCUCAACAAUGUCAGGGGCAUUUUGGAAGCAAGCAAGGCCAGGGACAUCCCUGUGGUCAUCGACGCGGAUGGCCUGUGGCUGAUAGCUCAGCAGCCGGCCCUCAUCCACAGUUACCAGAAGGCCAUUCUCACCCCCAACCGAGUGGAGUUCGGCAGGCUCUGGGAAGCUGUGCUCAAUAGUCCUGUGGACACCCAGGGCCACAGUGACUCCGUACUGAAGCUCAAGGAAACUCCCACAGGACACCUUCUCCAAGGCAUCUGUCUUCCACUGAAUUGGCGGAUAGAAGACUGUGAACUCGGCAGUAACAAAAGAGUCAUGCUUGCGAAGGUGGACAGCAUGGAACAGCUGCCCCUUACACCCCUGCGAGUGGAUUCCAGGAGAGAUACUUCCUGGGCAGAAACCGAGGACCACCAGGAAGCUGCACCCAGAAACGGCACCGAUACAGUUAACAGGAAUUCUGUAAGAAAUGCGAUUAAGGCUGCUGCUGCAAAAAAAGAGGGGACAGCGGAAAUGGAACUUCCAGUGAAGUCUGAUAAUUAA